AUGAUAAUCAUCAAUCGAUUAACAAACCAACUUCGAUCUAAUCCCUGGCACUGUCUCAAACAACCCACAUUCUCUGGAUCAAGAUCGAUUUCAACUAAAGCAUUCUAUACAUUAAAAGAUGAGAAUUGUCCUUACAUCAUUCAUAACAAAUCUAACUUUCAAUCAUCAAGAGAUCAUAAUCCAUUAGACUUUGAAUUUUAUCCAAAUUUGAUAAACCAAGAAGAACAAGUUCAAUGGAUCGAAUCUUUACUUUUAAUUUUAAAUCGACAAUAUCCAAAACGUAGAAACAAGAAAUCUAAAACGAAAUCUAAGAUUCUAAACCAAGAAGGAUUUGAAAAGGUUGAUCAAUAUGAUUUUCAAGAUGGUCAUUUUGAUACAGUUAUUAAAGAUUUUAGAGAACAUGAGAUUCGUGAUUUGAAUUCGAUUUCGAUAGAUUCUUUAAAAAAAUUAAUUAAUUUGUUUCCUACUACAAAUCAUCAAUCUAAUUUAAUGGCACAUAUUUUACAUUUAAGUGAAACCGGUCGGAUCGAUCGACAUGUUGAUAACCCUAUCGCAUCUGGUCCUACGAUCUUAGGCUUAAGUUUAGGUGGCGAAAGAGUGAUGCAUUUGUUUGGGAAUGAAGAGGAUAAAGAACCGGUUUAUAAGAUCUUGCUUCCUCCUGGAAGUGUUUAUCUUCAACGGAAUUCGAUCAGAUAUUCACUUCCGCAUGCUAUACCAGAGAUAGAUGAAUUUCAAGGUAGGAAUGUAGGCGGAACACAAAGACUUAGCUUGAUCCUCAGAGAUGUAAAAACGGAUCAUGAUACAAUCAACUGAGGAUGAACGAUCAUUCUACAAUCGAGCACAUUGGCCAUACAUAGUAUUAGAAAAAGAACUCUUUUUGAUGAUAUCAAUCUAUUCAUGUUUCAUUAGAGGAGGAUCUCUUUGUAUAUGUUUGUAAUAAGUCGUACGAUGUAAUUAGAGGUAGCAGACCUAGAUCUGGGAUAUAUAGACACAGAAAUAGACUAUAAGAUCAUAAAAA